AUGUAUCUGCGUAUUGUUCAACGUCGAUUAGCACCCAUCCAGAAUAAUCUUAUAAGAACAUAUAAAUAUCAAUCGAAAGUAUUUGGAUAUAAUGCAGAAUUAAAAACUCAUGGAAAUACUGAAGAAAUAGCGAAUAGUCUUCGUGAUUACAACCAAGCUCGUCAAGCUAAUCCUCAUGCGGCGUUACUUAUUGAUGCUUAUCGUAAGCACGGCCAUCGUCUGGCCACGAUCGAUCCAUUGGGAAUCAAUAUUAACACAUCAAUUCCUGAAUUAGAUGCAAACAUAUUUACCGUUGAUUUCAAUGUUACAAAUGAAGAUGAUGUUCGCUCUCUAUUCGGUGGUCUAUCAAGACAACGAUCGAUACCGAAAACAAAAGAUGACCUGAUAAGACAACUCGAGGAAAUCUAUUGUCAAUCAAUAAGUUUAGAAUGCGAACACAUUGAAAGUGAUAUUGAACGUCUUUGGGUUGCUCGUCGAUUUGAACAAUUACGUACAUCGGAAACCGUGUCCGACGAUAUUCAACAAAGAAUUACUGAACAGAUGCGUCGAUGUGAGACAUUUGAUCAAUUUCUACAAGCUAAAUUUCCAACAUUGAAACGUUACAGUGGCGAAGGAGCCGAAGGCAUGAUGGCAUUUUUCGAUCUAGCAUUUAAACAUUCGGCACAAUUAAACAUUGAUAAUGUCGUUGUUUGUAUGCCACAUCGAGGUCGAAAUAAUUUACUUGUUUGCCUACUGAAUUAUCCAGCAGCGACAAUGUUUCGAAAGAUAAAAGGAAAACGUGAAUUUCCCAACGAUGUCAAAUCAACCGGCGACGUUCUUUCUCAUUUAUAUACAACAACUGAUUUAACUUAUGAUGGAAAAAAUGUUCAUGUUUCACUUAUUCCUAAUCCAUCUCAUCUUGAAGCUAAUAAUCCAGUUGCCGUCGGUAAAACACGCGCCUGUCAAUUAUCAUUAAAAGAUGGUCAUUAUGCUAAUGCAGAAAAUGCCAGUCGACAUGGUGACAAAGCACUUUGCAUUCAAGUACACGGGGAUGCUUCCUUUGCCGGACAGGGUAUCAUACCUGAAACAUUCCAAUUGGGUAAUUUACCUAAUUAUUCGGUUGGCGGAAGUAUUCAUCUUGUUACUAACAAUCAAAUUGGCUACACAACACCGCAACAUUUAGCACGUUCUUCACGUUAUUGUACUGAUUUUGCGAAAGUUGUUAAUUGUCCAAUUAUUCAUGUUAAUGGCCAAUGUCCAGCAGAAAUUGCUCAAGCUGCACAAUUAGCAUCGGAAUACCGUGAUUUAUUUCGUAAAGAUGUUGUUGUUGAUCUUGUCUGCUUUCGUAAACAUGGACACAAUGAACUCGAUGAUCCAACAUUUACGCAACCAUCAAUGUAUAAAAAAGUGCAAGAACACUAUAAACAAGAAUCUCCACUAGACGAAGGAUUGAAUGAAAGAAUUCGUUUGUUUCGCAAUACUUUAGAAGAGCAAUAUUCUAUUGCUGAUAAAUAUCAACCACAAGCUCCUCAUCUCGAACGACAAUGGUCUGGAUUUAUUCAAGCUAAAUCAGUUCGAACUCAAUGGAAUACGGGUCUCAGUGAAAAUUUACUUAAAUAUAUCGGUGCAAAAUCUGUUGAUGUACCAGAAGAUUUUCAUGUUCAUUCAACUAUUGCUCGAUCUCAUGUUCAAAAACGUCAACAACGCAUUGAAGCAGGCAAUGGCCUUGAUUGGUCAACAGCUGAAGCAUUAGCAUUUGGCUCAUUACUUCUUCAAGGAUUUAACAUUCGUAUUAGUGGUCAAGAUGUUGGCCGAGGUACUUUUAGUCAACGGCAUGGCAUGCUUGUUAAUCAAAAAACGGACGAUGUAUAUAUUCCACUGAAUGCCUUAGACGCAAAACAAGGUUUUUUUGAAAUCUGCAACAGUAUUUUAUCUGAAGAAGCAGUACUUGGUUUUGAUUAUGGCUUUAGUAUUCAUGAUCCGAAGAAUCUCGUUAUUUGGGAAGCACAAUUUGGAGAUUUCUUUAAUGGUGCUCAAAUUAUCAUCGAUACUUAUGUUAGCGGAGGCGAACUAAAAUUUCUUACACAAUCUGGUAUUGUUAUGUUACUUCCACAUGGAAUGGAUGGUGCCGGACCGGAACAUAGUAGUUGCCAUUUAGAAAGAUUCUUACAGAUGACGGACAGUAAAGAAAAUGGCAUCGAUGGUGAUGAUAUCAACAUGCAAAUUGUUAAUCCAACAACACCAGCUCAAUAUUUUCAUCUUCUACGACGACAAAUGAUACGAAAUUUUCGCAAACCAUUGAUUGUAGCUGGACCCAAAAUCUUACUUCGUCAUCCGGAUUGUGUCUCAACAUUAACCGAUAUGGCUGAUGGUACCAGUUUCCUACCUGUCUUAAGUGAUACCAUGUCAAAGACGAAAUUAAAUCCUGAAAAGAUUAAACGUCUUCUAUUCACAAGUGGCAAACAUUAUUAUACAUUGAACGAAGAACGUGAUAAACGAAAACGUGAUGAUACGGCGAUAAUUCGCUUAGAAGAAUUAUGUCCUUUUCCAGCUGAUGAACUUCGACAAGAAAUUAAAAAAUAUAAAAAUGCAAAAGAAUUUAUUUGGUGCCAAGAAGAACAUCGAAAUCAGGGUGGUUGGGUUUUCGUUAGACCAAGAUUUGAAAAUAUCGUUGGCAUUCAUCUCAACUAUGCCGGACGCGAAGUACUUGGCACACCCGCAGUAGCUAUUGGUGAAGUUCAUCAACAAGAAUGCGCUCAAAUUUUAAAACUUGCGUUCGACUGA